GCAGUCCAUACAAAAGUGAGAUUGCAUAAACAAGUAAAAUAAAAAGUGAAGUGUGACAAUUUGUGAUGUAGAUUAAAAUAGAUUAGUUUUUCUUUUUUGGUAAAAACAAUAAGAUGGUGUUUGUUUUAUUGCGUUAUUUUCUUUCUGAGAAAAACAUUUCUGAGUACUCGCAUGUUACUUACAACGCAUAUCGAAAAAAUAGCCUAUUGUAAACGUUGUCUAAAGCUUAACCGAACCAUACGCAUCCUUUUUAUAAGAAAUAGGCACUUUCAACUGCUAACUCGCAAACUGUUAAGACUAUUAAAAGAGUAAGAUUGUUUGAUUAACAGGUCUGUAACAUAUUUAUAAGAGCCAAUUAAGUGCUUACUGUUCUUAUUUUUCAAAAAGUUCAGUCUGAUUUGUUCUUAUCUUUGAGCAUUUUUCAGUCUGAUUUGUUCUUUUUUUAUUCCUUAUAUUAAAUAAUUAAAACUUCGGGAUAUACUAUUAGUUUGUUGAUUUUUGUUCUUAUUUUUCACUUAUUCUUUUUAGCAAAAUCUGAGGCUUGCUUUAUACAAAAUGGUUAUUAUAAAAACGUGUAACUCUUUGUAGCCAAACUCGUUUUUCUCAAUAUUGAUUUAAAAUCAUUUUAAGUAAUCCAUUUCACGCAGUUUACUCGACGAUCAAAUCGAUCAAAACAGAUCCAGUAUAAACUCGAUUAAACUGUGCGUUUAAAUACAGUUUAAUUUUCUUUAAGCCGUUGCUGGGGAAACGUGGUACGCGACAUCUUUUGUAAAAACAUUGGAUUGAUUUUGUGGUAACAUUUACAUAAACAUUAAACGCAAAGUAUCGUAGACACUUUUUGUACUUUUUUAUACUUUGACAGCAGUUGGGGGUGAGAAAAAGAUGUCAUCAGUUGAAGCAAAUGCUAUACAUUCACAUCAACACAACUAUACAGUAUAUGCGAACGAAGAAGCCACCCUGUUAUUUUCAAGUUUAUCAAUUCUCAUCUCACUGGUUGCGACUUUAUUACUAUGUUGCUAUCUCAGAGCUAACCGUGGACACAAUAAGGGAGCAUUUGAACAUAUUGUUUUAUUCAUUGGGAUUAUAAUAUCUGUUAUAGCCAACCUUUCAUACGAAGAUGAAAGUGCCACAAUCUAUUUCAUAUACGAAAUUGUUUACAUCAUUUUAUUUGGUAUUCUUGUCACGUGGUUUGGAUGUUACUUUUUCUUUGCUAUUCCAGUUUCCACAAACAAUAUCAAACCUAUAGGUGAUGGCAAGACGAAUAUCAGCAGAUUCAUAUUAUACAUCACCGUACCGAUAGGCCUUAUAGAACUAUUCCUUAUCGUAGGUUAUUUCAUUGAAGGAAAUCCUAUCGAAAUUAUAUUAAUUUCUUGUGGAUUACUUCAAAAAAUAUUUCAAGCUGGUUUGUACCAUUAUAGCCUUCGUCAUAAAAUUCCCGCUGAUGAACGUGACCACGGAGCAUCUUGGUUUUUUAAAAUUAUGGCGUUGUUUAACUUCUCCAUGUGGCUGGAAUCGAUUACAGUAGCGGAUAUGCAGGGCAGCGAAGUAGUUAAUAAGUACCUGCAAACUGGUUAUAGCGUUUUUACAUACAUCUAUGCUGCUCUACUUAUUGACUACCGCUUGCUAUGUUGUAUGCUGUUUGUUGAACAUGCAAUUACCAUUGAUAAGAGAACUUCACAAGACGAACACCAACAUAACGAAGAAGAUAUGCGACCAACAAGUACACUAGUAUAUGAUGAAGAGAGACAAGCCCAACAAUUCAAAGUGUAUUCUUCUCAUAUGGCUGGGAGUGGUUACAUUUUAGGGGGUAUCUUGUUGGCUACCCAACUCAUUAAUGCAUUCCAGUAUACGGAGUACUUAGGACCAUGGACAAAUAUUUUUGGGAUAGCAGCUGAAGUUAUGGUUAUAAUACCAGGUGUUAUUUUGAUAACUCGGUUGAAUGAAACAAAAAGACAAAACCAGCAUGCAUCGAGUGAAAUGGAUCUUGUCGUGACUUUAAUGGGAGCUAUCGGGUUGGUGUUUUGGUUUUUGAAGGGAUUUCUUACUAUUUGUUGGGCUGUGAGAGCAAGUCGGAUUUCCAUCAAAUCAACAGACGAUCAAUUCGAAUAUGAGUACCUCUCAUGGAAUUCAGUGAGAUUUACUUUUCGAAUCAUAUCCAUCGUCUUCCAGCUUUAUUUAUUCUCAAAGUCAGAAAUUCAGGUGUAUUGUCAAAAGGAGUUUCAAACAAGACGGAGUAAUCAUUUUUUGCUGGCUUGUAUCACACUAGCUAUGCUAUCGGUUGUAAUAAAUUCAAUGAUCGAUGCAUAUAGUGGCUUUAUCGAAAAGCUGGUCAAAGAUGCUAAGCUGAACGCAGUUAUAAUGACCGUCUAUCAGGUCGGUGCUCCUAUACAUCUUGGAUUUUCUGUUCAUAUGUUUCUCUAUUUCAUUAUUGUUAGCACAAAAGUGAUUGAUGUCAAGUUGGCUUUCAAACAUAGAAAUCACCGAUCGAUUCAUUACAUUGAUCAAGUUGGACAAGGCAGAACAUCAUCAACGUUGUAUCAUGGACUAGAAUCCAACAACGACAUCCUUGGUAAUGACAAGGAUGAGGAUAAUGUGAGGCUCUUGUUAAAUGACGAGGAAAAAAAAUUCAGAACAGUGUAAUUUAUUUUAUUUACAAACUUACUGUAUUUUUAACAGUUAGGGUUAGGGUAUGGUUAGGGUUUUUAUUCUCAAAUUUUUGUACUGAAAUCAUAAAUUUUAUAUUUUUUCUUUGCGAGGCAACUUGAACUUGAGAAGAGAUUGGUACAUGUAAAAUAGAAUUAAAUUGCUGUUUCUAUAUUAUAAUACCCGUAUACGUCUGUCUGUCUGACACGCAAAAUUGUGCCGUAAGUAGCGAGGCGUGCGUAAUGCGAUGUGAAAAAGACGGGCGAACCCGUGGAUUUUUCCACGAGCCAUCAACUAGUAUGUGUAAAAAGUACGAAGUACGAAGUUUGGCUUAUCUACUGUACAGUACACGCCCGAUUACCCGAACCUCAAUGGGACCGAGAAAGUAAUCUGAGUUGUCAAAUGUUCGAGUUGUCGACAACUUUUGCAGAUAAGUAAAAAUAGUUCAAGUUAUAAAAUUUUUUUUUUAUUCCAUUUGAAAGAUAAACUGUACAUCAAUGAAAAAAUGUUCUGUCGUUCUGUGCUAUUUUAGCGGUAACAUCUCUGUCAAUUGACAUUGAGAGUGCAUUGAGCUUUUGUAUUGUACACAGAAGUGCAGGUCCUUUACAGUACCCGUACAGUGUCCACUCAAUGUUACUGGAAAAAGGAAGUUUAUCAGUUUUAAAAGAAAAAAAUAUUUAAUUAAAAAAACAAGUUCUAACUUUCACUAAGAUUUUGUUUUUAUUUUUACUUUGAAGUUCGAGUUAUCGGGUGAAUAUUGGUCGUAACAGGUAAAAUUCGGAUUAUCAAAGGCUUCGACCUAUCAUGGUUCGAGCAACCUCGUCCCCAGGCUCUUGUGGCAAAAUGCCCUGGGAACGAGGUUGGGGUUCGAGUUGAAACUAAUAAUGUUACUGGAAGUUCGAGUUAUAGGGGUUCGAGUGUAGCUAUCAAAAUAAAUAACCUCACAUACCUCAUAAAACAUUACCUUUGCAUUGGAAUAAGCAUUACUUCAGGCUCAAAAUGAAAAAAGCGUAGUGUGCCUAAGUGGAUAUUUCCACGGGUUCGCACGUUCUUUUAU